AUGGCUGGAACGAGUUGGCUCUGGUGUGCUCUCCUGCUCACAGCGGAGGUUUCCUGGGGGAAAGUCUACUUCUCAGAGACGUUCGACGAUACCUGGGCAAGCCGAUGGACACUGAGCAAGUGGAAAGACAGCGAGAAGGAGAAGAUGGGGAAGUGGGUGCUGUCGGCCGGACGUUUCUUCAGAGACCCUUCGGAAGAUCAAGGAAUUCAGACGGCAGAGAUCAUGAAGUUCUACGGCGUUGCUGCUGCCUUCGAGCCCUUCAGCAACGAAGGCAAGGAGCUCAUCAUUCAGUACCAGGUGAAGUACGAGAAGGACCUUGGCUGCGGCGGUGGCUACCUGAAAGUGGGGCCAAGCAAGGAGGACUUGGCCUCUUUUGGGGAGCCGACACCGUAUCACAUCAUGUUCGGCCCGGACCAGUGCAACACUGACAAGCGGACCCACCUCAUCUUUAGCUAUCAAGGCAAGAACUACCUUAAAAAGUCGGAGCUGCCUUACAAGCAGGAAGGUGAAGGCAUCUCUCACCUGUACCGACUGCACCUGAAGCCGGAUAGUUCCGUUCGGGUCGAGGUGGACGGUGAGCAGAUCUACGAAGGCUCGCUGAAGGACGAUUGGGACAUGCUGCCAGCCAGUCGGAUCCCGGACCCUAGCGACCAUAAGCCCGAAGAUUGGGUUGAGCAGGAGAAGAUUGAGGACCCGACUGACAUGAAGCCCACAGACUGGGCACAGCAGGCACAGAUCGUCGACUCCCAUGCCACGAAGCCAGAGGAAUGGGAUGACGAAGAGGAUGGAGACUGGGAGCCGCCGAUGGUCGACAAUCCUGCAUUCAAGGGCACGUGGUCCCCGCGCAUGAUAGCAAACCCGGCAUAUCGUGGGAAAUGGGAAGCGCGGAUGGUUCCCAAUCCUGCGUUCGUGGAUAAGCCCGACUUGUACAAGUACGACGACUUUGGCUAUGUAGGCAUUGACGUUUGGCAGGUAAAAGGAGGAACCAUCUUUGACAACAUCAUCCUGACAGACAGCAUUACGGAAGCGGAUGAGUUUGCAGCGAAAUGGAAGGUCCUACGUGAGGCAGAAAUGGCCGAGAUGACGAAGGCAGAAGAGGCCCAGCGAGAAGCCUUUGAGAAAGCAAAAGCGAGCCGAGCUGCCCGAGCUGCGGCAAAGAAGGCCGAAGAAGGCGCCAAAGCCUCAAAGAAGGGCAAGAGUGAAAGCGGGAAGGCUGACGGCCCCGGCACUUCGGAGGAGCUCUGA